GGAGCGGGGCUUGGAGGAGUGCGCAGGCUACAGACGCACCAGGAGCGACGCAAUUUCCGGAGACGAAGUGUGAUGUGGCUUUGAGAAAUGUCUGCCAUUUUCAACUUUCAGAGUCUUCUGACUGUCAUUCUACUGCUCAUCUGUACAUGUGCGUACAUCAGAGCUCUAGCCCCUAAGCUGCUAGACAAGAACAAGUCCGGAAUUUUAGGAAUAUUCUGGAAGUGUGCCAGGAUAGGUGAACGUAAGAGCCCCUGGGUGGCGUGUUGCUGCGUCAUGAUGGCGUUCAGCAUCCUCUUCAUGCAGUAGCACGCCAGACGAGACGCCAUGAGGGAAGCCGAAGAACCUAAACCGAUGGAUUGUAUGAUCCACAAAGCACAGCCAAACCUGGAUUGAGAGGAAAGGAAACCAGUCUCCACCGAAGUAAUGAAUCGAGUCGUCAGGACCCAGUGUACGAGGGUGGGCUAAAGCCCGCAGCUCAACCCAAAAGGAGUGUGUGAAUGGAUUUGAGAUUCCCUGAAGGUGUGUGUUUGUGUGUGCAAUGUUUACUCCAGCUGUGCGCGGCCGUUGGGUCCCUGUCAGUAUGGCAGGGAAAUGCAUUAGUGAUUUCGGGGUCAUUUCAGGCCACCAGCCCCCUCCCCCAGGUAUGCUUUCACGUUUCAGAAUGCCAAGUGUGUGUGGGCCCUGGAUUUUUGUAAAUAAAGACACCGUGUAACCAUUGCUUUGGUGGAUUUCAAUGAAUCCUAGUUUUCGUCUUGCCCUCUCUUUGUUCAUGGGAUAAAUACAUGGUUUCCUCUCUACCUCAGCUAGAGACCAGUCAUCGUUUCAAACGUAUUGUGAAAGCCACCGGUUUGUAUAAUGCAAAACUUUACCGUUUUUUUGUUAGGUUAUUGAUU